AUGGUGAACUGUACCUUCUGGGAGGGCAACAUCAUCCUCAAAAAGCAGUCGUUUGAAGGUGAUGCUUUCCACAAUCUCACAAAAGAGGAGGAGUCAGUGACAUUUGAGGACCUACAGAGUGGUCUUGGAAGUCUCUUCGAAAUUACUGGUAUCCUCUAUAUUGGAACGGACAAUGCCGCACCGUGGUUAAGGAAUCUCACUUUUCUCUCAAAGUUGCGACGCAUCGGAGGAGAGGUGCCACCGGGCUAUAACUCCCCGUUAAAUAUAGUCCACAAUAACUAUCUGGAAUAUCUCGGUCUUGCUUCGCUGAUUUUUGUCGGUGCGCAAAGAGGGACCAUUCAAAUCGUUCAAAAUCCAAGACUAUGCCUCGUUGAUACCAUAAAUUGGCGAACUCUUAUGUGGACACCAAAAUCUUCCACCGCAAACACGUCGGUACCCUUUCCCGUUGUCAUUCCACAUCGCGCCGCCAAGGAUUGUGUUUCCGAGGGACUUCAAUGCGAUGCAAGCGUCUGCGAGCUCUCUCAAGGAUGUUGGGGUCCUGGACCGGAAAACUGUCGCGCGUGUGCUCACUGGCUCAUUCAAGGUCGCGGUGAAACUAGUCGAUGCGUACUUAAUUGUUCCUUGGCUGAGGGUGGUUACUACCCUGUGAUGAUUAGUAAAACAAUUGACUCAAAUAUAACACUGAAAAUAAAGUCGUGUUCAAAGUGUCACAAAGAGUGUGGUUCUGUGCCUGGAGCAUGUUUUGGGCCCCAUGCCAACCAUUGCAACUAUGGCUGCGCACACGUCAAGGAUGGGAACUUUUGUCGUGCUCAGUGUCCUCUAGGAAAGUUUCCUGACGAGGAUAAUAUCUGUCAAGAAUGUGCAGCUGUUUGCACAUCACAUCCACGCGGUCUUUUAGACAGCACUGAAUCGAGCAAUUGGAGUGCAGUGUGCACAGGGUCUGGAGACUGGUUUGGACACAAGGGCUGCUCGCAAUGCAUUCAGGUUGUUGCAGCAACAGUAAAGAAUAUGGAGCACGGGCCAAAACUAAAAUGCCUUACGCCUUACCAGCCUUGCCCCACCAAUACGUUCUUGCACCUUAUUGGAGGCCAAAAAGGGAAGAUGUCAGAUCCCAAAUUGGAAAUAAGUGGAGACAUAUCGCUGACUCAUGUUCCAAUCGAGCUGCAGGCGCCUCUUGGUGAAUGGUUGGCCUCGCAUCAGUCCCAGAGCGCCAGCGUGAGUAUGGCGCGUGUUUGCGCUCCCUGCCACCCUGAAUGUAGGGGCGGUUGCUCCGGUUCCUCACCCAAUCAGUGCGUGCAAUGUCGAAAUGCCCAAUUUAAUGGAAUAUGUGUGGCCAGCUGCCAUGAAGGCAAGCAGAAUCUCUGA